UGUUUGGCAUGAAACGAUGCAUGUUUGGUUGAGCUUUGAAUGAGGGACCAUCAUCCCGGCGCCUCUGAGGUGGAAAAGACAGUUUAUAAUCUCAGUGGCGGAAUUUAAAAUGAACAAGCAGGCUUUUCUGACAGGUACAUGAGUGACCCUUUGGCGUCCUUUCACCUCCUGGUUUGAUUUCUUUGGAUGUGCUCCUCUCCGUUCCCUAUGCUUUGUUCUUUCCACGUGAUAUUACCCUAAAACUCCUCAAGGCCUUGGUUCUGGUUAGACAUUACUCCAAAAAUACAUGCAUUUUUGACAUAUAUAGUUUUUCUUUAAAUCUCCAGUAAGAAUCCAGACAGACCUGUAUCAACCUCUUUUCCUCUCCCAAAUUACAUCAGAUUAAUAGGGACAUUAAGAGACUCAGAUCCAGACAAACACGUACACAAGCCACCAUGUCCUCCAUCCUUCCCUUCACUCCCCCAGUAGUGAAACGGCUCCUGGGAUGGAAGAAGACUCCGGCAGGUAGUGGAGGAGCAGGGGGAGGAAUAGGAGGAGUUGGGGAGCAGAAUGGAGGAGGACAGGAGGAGAAGUGGUGUGAAAAAGCUGUGAAGAGCCUGGUGAAAAAACUGAAGAAGACUGGACAGCUGGAUGAGCUAGAAAAAGCCAUCAGCACACAGAACAGUAACACAAAGUGUGUCACCAUACCCAGCAAUUGCUCAGAUCUAUGGGGUCUAGGCUCAGGCCACACGAUAGAGCAGUGGGACUCUGCAGGCAUGUACGGAUACCCUGACCACAGCAGGUCACUGGAUGGUCGUCUUCAGGUAUCCCAUCGUAAGGGCCUGCCCCACGUCAUCUACUGCCGCCUGUGGAGAUGGCCCGAUCUUCACAGCCACCAUGAGCUGAGGGCCAUUGACACCUGCCUGUACGCCUUCAACCUUAAGAAGGAUGAAGUGUGUGUCAAUCCCUACCAUUACCAGAGAGUGGAGACACCUGUGCUGCCUCCAGUGUUGGUGCCACGCCAUACAGAGAUUCUGACAGAGCUUCCCCCUCUAGACGACUUUACAAACUCCAUCCCCGAAAACACCAGCUUCCCUGUUGACAUAGAUCCUCCUAAUAACUAUAUACCAGAGACUCCUCCGCCUGGCUACAUCAGUGAAGAUGGGGAGACCAGCGACCAACAGAUGAAUCAAAGCUCACCAGCAGAAAUGUCUCCAAGUACCCUAUCACCUGUCAGUCAUGGCCUCGACCUUCAGCCCGUCACCUACAGUGAACCAGCUUUCUGGUGCUCUAUAGCCUACUAUGAGCUAAACCAGCGGGUUGGCGAGACGUUCCACGCCUCACAGCCAUCUCUGACUGUCGACGGCUUCACUGACCCCUCCAACUCUGAACGCUUUUGUCUAGGGCUUCUCAGCAAUGUCAACAGGAACGCAACUGUUGAAAUGACAAGGAGACAUAUAGGUCGAGGAGUGAGGUUGUAUUACAUCGGAGGGGAGGUGUUCGCCGAGUGCCUCAGCGACAGUGCCAUUUUUGUCCAGAGUCCCAACUGCAACCAGCGAUAUGGCUGGCACCCGGCCACAGUCUGCAAGAUACCACCAGGCUGUAAUCUGAAGAUUUUUAACAACCAGGAGUUUGCGGCAUUGCUGGCCCAGUCAGUCAAUCAGGGGUUUGAGGCAGUCUACCAACUAACCAGGAUGUGCACCAUCAGAAUGAGCUUCGUCAAGGGCUGGGGAGCAGAGUACAGACGUCAGACAGUAACCAGCACCCCCUGUUGGAUUGAGCUGCAUCUCAACGGCCCCCUCCAGUGGUUGGAUAAGGUGCUGACCCAGAUGGGCUCGCCCUCAGUGCGUUGCUCCAGUAUGUCCUAAACAGGGUCCUGCUGCUGCAGACACAGUGUUGGACACAGUAUGUCCUAAAGGCAGCCAUACAGUAUUAAACUGAUGCACUGUUAACAUUUUGAAAACAAAACCGAAAUUAAAAAAAAUAAAAUAAAACUACACAAUGACCUUGGUGGAUGAGAGGAUGACAUGACUUAUGUACAGGAAUGGAAUAUUAACAGUGAUGUCACAUUGGACCUGAUUACCUUUGGCUGUGUUGGAAAAACUUCAAGCUGACAAUCCAGUAAUCAUGGACCUCAUUAAUUGAAAUGUUCCCCUCAAUAUCAGAAUGACAAGAGGGUGGUGUCAUAAUGAAGCAGACUACGUUUAUUUCUUUGGUAUUUGCCUGAGGCCCUAAUCCAGAAAUGCCGAGGAGGACAGUAAAGCUCUGUCCUCCUUAGUGACAUGACAGCGGCUGUUUCUGGGUUUGGACAUGUGACCUUGUAGUUGCAGAACAGUCUCUUCAACUAUUAGCCCACCUUGCCUCUUCACUACCCAGCUGCCACAGCACAAGGUUUGAUUUGGCAUCAAGCUUUUUGUUUACAUAAGGUUGACCAGUUGUAGUACUGCCACACCAGGCUCAAGACCAACCACAGUCAGCUUCACACCUGGGCAGGAAUUUCUUAGUGUUUCUUGGUUUUAGUGACCAAAUUCCCAUUCCAGUUUUAUCUCCACUUUACUAUAUAUAUAUAUAUAUAUUUUUUUUUUUCCCACAAGUAGUCUUCAGCUCUUACAUGGUUGACCAGUGGUAGAACAAGUUCAUGUCUGUAAUUAAUAUUACAUGAACACAUAUUCUGUAACACAGACACACUUUUGAAGUUAAUAUAUCACUUAACUAGCUAUUUGAACAAAAUUGUUUUGACAAAUCAUUUCGUCUGCACUAAAUGUCGACUGGUCCUAUUCAACAGCGGAUGUGCAGAGGCUUGAUGUUUGAGUCUGGAUCAGAGCUGAAACAGGGAGUAUGUCUUUUAUUCUUCUGUGAGGAGUUUUUAUUUGACUGUGUGGUCAGUGGCUAACACGGAUAACUGGAAUGGGUAAGCUAAGGAAUCCUCAGAGCAAGAGCGUAUGACACGUCAUCCCUCUGGAACUUCAUACAUCUUAAAUCUUUGAACUUUUAGACAGUGAUAAAUGCAUAAAGAGUUAAUCACCGUUAACUGUUCCCUCCUUCCAGCAAUGUGCACUAUCUCUGUUUUUGCCUGGCAUGCUCUUGCUCUCUCUUUCAUACUUUCUCUCCAUUAUAUUUUUUUAUAAUUGUAUUCCCUUGUACAUGAAGGGGAAUCCUGUCAGACUUAGGUGGGAUCGGGAUGUAUAAACCCAAGAAUCUCCUGCUGUCUAACCAAAAAAAAAAAAAAAAAAAA